ACGUCUCUUCCUGCCCGGCAGGCUGGGAAUUCCCUGGGAAGGAGGGUGAUUGUGGGGGAUUUGGGGAGAAGGCCCUUGCUUUGCUCUUGGACAGGGCACCUCCCUUUCAUUCCCCCUUUGAGAGCCUUUGGUGCUGAAAGAUUAUUCGGGGAUGAAAACAGAGGAGCAAAAUCAAGGAGGCUCCAAAAGCAUGGAGGGAUUUGAGCGGACCUGGAAAAGCCCUCAGGUCAGCCAGAGAGGCUGCAUCAGAGAGUUCCUGCAAAGGAUGCCCCCACAACAGAUCAAGGAGGAAACCGGGGAAGGUCUCCUUCAGCGCUGGGAAGUCCAGUGGCAGGAGUUUCUGAAGACCAUGGAGGCUUCUCACUCAGGCUGCGGGGUCCCGCAGUUGCUGGAGGAGUCCACGCCCUGGGACGAUGCCAAGGCCUUCCUGGCCUCCUUUGAGCAAGUGGCUGAAGCCUGCCAGUGGCCCAAGGAAGAGUGGGUGGCCCGUCUCCUGCCGGCCCUCAGCGGGGAAGCCAAACAGGCUUAUAGCAGGCUGGAUCUGCGAGACAGAGAGGAUUAUGGGAAAUUGAAGGCAGCCAUCUUGCGAGGGGAUGCCGUGAGCAGAGAGAAGAAGCGCCAGCACUUCCGGCAUUUCUGCUACCUGGAGGCUGAGGGGCCGAGAGGGACGUAUAGCCGGCUCCAGGAACUCUGCCGUCGAUGGCUGAAGGUCGAGAGGCACUCCAAAGAGCAGAUUUUAGAGUUUUUGAUCCUGGAGCAGUUCCUGACCAUCCUCCCACCAGAGGUCCAGAACUGGGUGAGGGAACGUGAGCCAGAGACCUGCUCCCAGGCAGUGGCCCUAGCCGAGGACUUCUUGCAGAGGAAGCGAGAGGCUGAGAGGCAGCAACUGCAGGUGACGACACCAUUUGAGGAGGUGGUUCUGAGCUUCUGUGAGCCGCAACCAGUGUCAUCUGGCCACGCUUAUCGGCGGCUGCAUCAGGAUGCAGAGGAGUCCAAGAGUGGAGAUGUGACUGUGCUGAGCAGUAAAGGAUGGAUAAGCCUCGAGGGAGAGGAGAGGUAUGCAACAGCAGAGUCAGAACGAUUGCAACCACAUGGGACAUCAGUGUGGAGAGGAGCGGAGAAUGUCACACAGUUCUGCCCACAGGAAAACACACCUGGGACUCAGCAGGAAACUCUCCCCAUGCAGGAAGUUGAUGCGUCUGUUGCAUUUGGAGAAUCUUUCCAGGAUCUUGAAGAAGAUGCAUUCCAGCGAAGAGUCCACACUGAUGUUUGGCAAGCAAGUGGGAAUGUUGGGAGAAUCAGUCACCAGGAAAUCUCAGACCAAGCAGAGUCCCACAGGGCAUCUCCAGGAGGAGCAGCAGAAAACUUUUCCUGGUGCCAGCAAGUAGCUGAAACUUUUGAAAUUCUUCACGGGGCAAAGAUGCCACAAGAAAACCAGCUAAGGAACCUCAUAGGUAAAUCUGUUUGUUGUGGAGUGCACAAGGAAAUCCUUGAUGAUAGCUCGCGACUGCCUAAACCAAAGACUUCCCCUGUGAUUGGAACAGCUUUAAAACAAAACUCAGACGAGGAGAUGUUAUACCAGUGUACUGAGUGCAGCAAAUGCUUCGCGUUCAAGAAACACCUGAUCGUGCACCGGAAAACCCACAUUGGGAAUACCCUCUAUGACUGCUCGGCAUGCGAGAAGAGGUUUGCUUGGGUAUCGGACCUUACCCGCCAUCAAAGAAUCCACACAGGAGAGAAACCCUUCGCCUGUCCACUGUGCGGCAGACAGUUCAGCUCCCACUCCAGCCUUAUUAAUCAUAGGAAAACCCAUGGAGGGGAGCGGCCAUUCCAGUGCCCAGACUGCGGGAAAAGGUUUGUCUGCAAAUCUCACCUCACGAGACAUCAAAAAGUCCAUCUCGAUAGGAAAUCAUACGCCUGUUCCAAAUGCAGCAAAAGUUUUUGUCAGAUCUCACUUCUUAUCCUCCACAAAAGCACGCAUGCUGAAGAGGAACUCCUUUCUCAGCCCCUAGAGACACUGGACUUCCAGCCUGAAUCUCUGUAACACAUUGAGGUUCAUGGAUUGUCUUGUUCCCCUCUUAACUGAUUGCAAUACCUUCACAUUUUUGUGCCACCUUUGAGAUCUUCCUCUUCAGAGUCAAACUACGCAUGUGGGUGUUUUAGGUGCUGUGUCCCGGUUUCCUUAACUCGCCGCAAAUGUGGAAAAUGGCUUUCAAAAAUAAAAGCAAGGCCCAACAGGUUUGGUAAGCCACUGUGGGCAGGGGGAAGGUUUCCUGCCCUCCUCCUCAACCAUUUUCCCAUGCCAAAACAGCACUGUGAGGGUUAUUUCCUCAUUUUGCUGCUCCACAUGCAUACAAUACUCAAUGAGGAGAAGCAAAAGUGGGGACAUAGCUCUCCACUCAGUGCCAUUUCAGCCAAGGGGGAGGGAGGCAGGAAACCCUCCAUCCCAUGCAGCGGCAUUCCAAGCCCAUUUGUGCUCUCUUUUAUUAAAAAAAAAAAAGCCUUUCCCCUUCAUUUCCUUUUGGCUGCGAGGAACCUGGUUUGAAACCAGGGAAUGGGGCGGGGGGGCGGGGGACGGGACCUGGGCCCAGCUCUUUCAAAACCCAGAUGUGUAGUUUUGCCCUCACAUGUUAAAAUCUCAACAGAAUGCUGUUUUUAUUCCACUUUGUUCUCUAACUCUUUUGCUGGUUUUGUGUACCUCUCUGUCACUUUCCGGUUUGAUACCUCCAUUUCUUAAAUCUGUUUUUAAAAGGCAAAAUUUCAUUCAUUUUGGUUUUAGAGCAGGCCUGGUUUCCCCCCCUGUGGUCCUGUUCGUUGUGAUUUUUCUUGCAGCUUUGCUAUAUCUUCCUUUCUUCAGACACUUGGCCAGGAGUAUAGUGAAAAGUUGUCAGUCUUGAUUUUAAAGCUAUUUGCAGUAUCCACCACUGAGCAGAUUUAUUCCAGUUAAAAUAUUAGACUUGAAAAGUAUACUGUAAUUUCUUUGAUGGGGGAUCUGGGUUCUGCCCUUUCAGUUGAUGACACUUUGUACAGCACUGUGGAAAAGGAUGAUACGUAUGAAUCAAUAGGUUUUAAUAAUAAAUUCAAAGUUUAUUUUUCUUUUAAAAA